CUGCAGAAGGUGCCGUGUGCUCCUGUAAUGCCUACCUCUACCCACCUGGCCCGCUCACCUACCUGCUUCCUGCUGCUGGUGCUGUUCCUUAUCUUCUCAGGAGCUUCUGAGCAAAGCAAUGGGAAGUGGCAAGUGCUACAGGCUGAGGGCCCCAUGCUGGUGGCAGAAGGUGAGACCCUCUUAUUGAGGUGUGUGGUGGUUGGCUCCUGCGUUGACAACAUGAUAAAGUGGGUCAAAGUGAGCUCUCAGGGCCAGAAAGAAAUUUAUAACUUCAAACGUGGCUUCUUCCCUGGAGUGGUGCCCAUGACCCAACAGACAUCAGAGCCACUGAACUGUGAUUAUUCCGUCUAUAUCCACAAUGUGACCAAGGAGCAUGCUGGAACCUACCACUGUGUGAAGUUUGAUGGUUUGAGUGAACAUUCAGAAAAUAAGAUAGAUGAGGGCACCUCGGUGCUUGUGAAGGGAGCCGAGGACCCUGAGCCUGACCUCUGGAUCAUCCAGCCCCAGGAGAUGGUGUUGGUGACCACUGGAGACACUGUCAUCCUGAACUGCACAGUGUUUGGAAAUGGUCCCCCUGGAUCCAUUAGAUGGUUUCUGGGGACUGGACUAAGCCGGGAGGCCAUUUACAACUUUGGAGGCAUCUCCUACUCCAACGUGACAGCGGUGCAGGCCUCCAACAAUGACUUCAGCAUCAUUCUGCCAAACGUCUCUACUGAGGAUGCUGGCACCUAUUACUGUGUAAAGUUUCAGAGGAAACUCAACAGGCAAUACCUUUCUGGACAGGGCACCAUGCUGAGAGUGAAAGCAAAACCCACCUCUUCCCAAGAGGCAGAGUUCUCUGAUGAACAUGUGGCCAGGAUAUUUCCAAUAGGCCUCCUGUCUGUGCUGGCACCUGUGGUUCUAGGGCUGAAGAUGGUGACCUUAGCUGCACUCCUACUGGCUGUGGCUGUCUGCUGGAGGAACCCUGGGCAGGAAGACUUGAAGACCCGAGGCCCAGCAGAAGUGCACAUCUUAGCACAGGGCAAAGGACAAGGAUGGGCCCUAAAAGAGAUCACAAGCGUCCUUAUAAAAGAGAAACAGGCAGGUGUAAGACUCACCACGCCUCUCAUCUUCCGCUCGGGAGCCGCCCCCGCUGUUAGGCUGCGGUCUGCGCUGCGGCCUCCAGAGGGCGCGGAGCGGCGGGGUUUCCCGCACGGAGGGCUUUGCGUAAGGCACCGCGCGGGGCGGGGCCUGCGGUCGGGCUUCCUGCGGCUGGACCCGACUGACAGGCAAGCGGAACGCCAGAGCGGGGCUGGGGCUGUGCGGAGGCGGCCGGCGUGGUUUUGA